UCUCAAACUUCGUAUUUUUCACUUCCCAAAUUCUCUCUCUACGCAUACGUAUACACAUCUUACAGAAUAAAAUGUCGUCGGCGGAAGUUCCCGGCGGAGGUGGCGGAAAUUGCGGCGGCGCACAACAGUAUUACUGUUACCAAUGCGAGGGCAACGUCACCAUAAUUCCCUUACCGUCUCCCACCGCAGAGCUCGUUUGCCCCAAUUGCAACGGCGGCUUUCUCGAAGAAUCCGACACCGUACCGCCCUCAAACCCUACCAACCCCAGUGAUAACCCCAACCAAUUUUUCUCUGAAAAUUUUCCCUCUGCAGCCUUCGGUGGUCUUCCCAUUAUCUUCUCCUCCGCCACCGGCACCCCACGAGGCGCCGCCUUUUCUGUUCGCGGUGGAGGUGGAGGAUUAAACGAUCUUUCUUCUUUGUUCGGAGGCUCCCGAUCCUCUGAUGAAUUCAAUCCCUUCGCCUUUCUAAACCAGUACGUGAAUGGUCUCCAGUCACGUGGUGCGAACAUUCAGCUUGUUUUUGAGGGGCCGGGUGGCGGAGGUCUGGGACAUGGGGUUGAUUUUGGGCUACCUUCUAAUCUUGGUGACUAUUUUGUUGGGCCGGGGUUGGAGCAAUUGAUUCAGCAACUUGCCGAGAACGAUCCCAACAGGUAUGGAACCCCACCUGCAUCUAAGUCUGCGGUGGAUGGGUUGCCAAAUAUAAAGAUCACGGAGGAGUUGUUGGCCACAGAUUCAUCCCAGUGUGCCGUGUGCAAAGACAGCUUUGGGUUAAACGAGGAAGCAAAGCAAAUGCCUUGUAAACAUAUCUACCAUAAAGAUUGUAUAUUACCUUGGCUUGAGUUGCAUAAUUCUUGUCCAGUUUGUAGAUAUGAGUUACCCACUGAUGACCCAGAUUAUGAAAAUCGAAGAACUGGGCAAGUGAGCUAUAAUAGCAGAAAUAGUAACAAUAAUAAUUUAGGCUUGGCCUCAGUCGGUGGAGGUCAGGAGACUGGCACUAAUGAUAAUCAAAUACCAAGAACGAUGGAGAGGAGGUUUAGGAUAUCACUGCCAUGGAUUUUCAGAGGUCUUGAUUCUCCAGCAGAGACAAGCAACAGUGGAGGUGGAGCUGGCAGUAACCAAGGAGGGAACACCGACAACAAUGAGAAUAGUGGGGCAUCAAAUGCAGGCUCUGGUGGAGGACAGGCUAGAGAGGAGGACCUGGACUAAAAUGUGCAGAGAUGGGGGUAAUAACUGAUCAGGUUCGUUCAAUUCUGGUUGUUUGGGUUUUGACGAUGUUGUUCUGGAGGAUUACAUUUAUGGCAUUGUACAUAGAUGUUGAUUGUACCUGUGAUCUCAGAGAGACUUGAAAGCCUCAACUAAGCCUUCAUGU